AUGCACACGUCUGCACCCCCCGUCCCCCGGCAGGUCGAGCGGCCGCUCCCACCGGCAAGAGACCCCCUCCCGGGAGCCACCCACACUCGGACACGGUGGCGCAGGGUUUUGGGAUUCGAGAUUGACGCGUUGAACUCCGUCCAGUUUUCAAACCACACAGGCUACCCACACUGGAAAGGUCAAGUGCUGAACUCCAAUGAACUCCAGGAGCUGUACGAAGGCCUGAAGCUGAACAGCGUGAAUAAAUAUGACUAUGUGCUCACGGGCUACACGAGAGACAAGUCCUUCCUGGCCUCGGUGGUGGACAUCGUGCGGGAGCUGAAGCGGCAGAACUCGGGGCUCGUGUACGUGUGCGACCCCGUGAUGGGCGACAAAUGGAACGGCGAAGGCUCCAUGUACGUUCCGGAGGACCUCCUUCCAGUUUACAAAGAGAAGGUUGUGCCGGUAGCAGACAUCAUAACCCCCAACCAGUUCGAGGCUGAGUUACUGAGCGGCAGAAAGAUCCACAGUCAAGAAGAAGCGUUAGCGGUGAUGGACGUGCUGCACGCCAUGGGCCCCGACACGGUGGUCAUCACCAGCUCUGACCUGCCCUCCCCGAGGGGCAGCGACUACCUGAUCGCGCUGGGGAGCCAGAGGAUCCGGAACCCCGAUGGCUCUGUGGUGACGGAACGCAUCCGGAUGGAGAUGUACAAGGUCGACGCGGUCUUCGUGGGCACCGGGGACCUCUUUGCCGCCAUGCUCCUGGCAUGGACGCACAAGCACCCCAACAAUCUCAAGGUGGCCUGUGAGAAGACCUUGUCGGCCAUGCAUCACGUUCUGCAGCGGACCAUCGCAUGUGCAAAAGCCCAGGCAGGGGGAGGACUGAAGCCCAGCCCGGCACAGCUGGAGCUGAGGAUGGUCCAGAGCAAGAAGGACAUCGAGAACCCGGAGAUCGUGGUCCAGGCUGCGGUGCUGUGAGGGCCCGCGUGCCACCUCCUAACGCACAGCGUGUCGGUGUCUCCAUCGUCGUCCCUGUGAAAAUGUAGCAUCUGCCUUAGAGCCGUGACCGAAACUUGAUAUUUUUUUCUUUCGUGAGUGUCCAGCCUCAACCGGUCUUAAUUGUGAAAACGUGCUGGUCGUGCUUUUUAAAAGUCACAAAGCGAUCACAGAAAUCUGUAAUUCUGGGAACCCAGCUCCCUGUCCCCCAGGGCUCCUGGGCCUCCCGGGAACCCCGCUCCCGUGGGCCCCCCGGCGGCGUCCCAUCCCUGGCGGGCGAGGGCCGGGGAAAGUCCUGGAGUCUGUGCGUCCCUGAGAAAGAGUUGGGUUUUAACCAUCUGCGUCUGGGCGAAUCCUGCCAAAUGCCUCUGUUGUCAUUGUGACCCGCCCCCCUUUGUUCCUGCUUGAGAAGUCUCGUUUGUGGCCUAGCUGUGGGGUAGGUCGCCGGGGACUGCGUCACUGCGGGAACAGGUCGAGACCAGCUGGCCCGGACGCGCACCGGGGAUGAGGAAGGGCUCCCGGGGCUGGAACAGCCCGUGGCGAGACUGGGCCGUUGUGUUCCUGCCGGAAACCUCACCUGGUCUGUGGCACGCCGGGUUACGUCUGCGCGCUUGCCACCCUUGGCUGGCGACAGAUGCCUCGUGCCACGUGGUCGUGCAGAGACGGGUAGAGGGGCUUGGAUACCAUUGGCAUAUUUAACCCCACGAGCCAGUCACCCUGUGCGCUCGCCCCUGCCCGCUCAGUCCUGCCUUCCGUGCCACCGGAAGCCGGGGUGCGCGAGGCCCCCUGAAAGGCAGCCGCGGCUUGAGCCCCUUCUCCGAGGAGAGGGUGUUGGCAGGUCGGGGGAGGGGCCGGGGCAGAGCGCCGGGCUCGCAGCUCUCAGACGCCUCGGGCUGCGACACCAGGCCGGGCGUCUACUGCCCGGGGCACCCCCAGGCGUGGCUGCAAGCGAGGGUGCCCCUCUCCGCGCCGCCCUGGGGAGAGCAGAGGUCCGCCUCCCCCAGGAGCCUGCGGCCAGGAGGGGACAGAGCCUGCAGAGUGGGGGGGGGGCCCUCCCCGUCCCACAGGCGGGUCCUCUCCUGCAGCCCGCGCUCUCCUCUGCAGCAGGGCCAGUGUCCCCAGGAUCCACUGCCACCUCCUGGGCAGGGCGGUGUUCACUCUGUUGCAAACUCCCUGAAACAAAGAAAUACCAGCGUCCGUGCCGUUCCGCCCGCUCUUCUUUCUUCCCAGUCUGUCCACGUCCUGAGUGUCCGCUCUCGUGCGUUAGCACCGGGCAGCCCGUGCACGGGCCAUGGUAUCUCUCUGCAACAAGAUGGUGGAAAACCCUCCGUGAGGAUACCGUGUGGGGCGUGGGGGCUUACUCUGUGUGUACCAUGGCCUUGGGAACACUGCAGACGCUGAUCCUCUGUUCUUUAAGUUUUAUUUCAGGGGCUCAGGCUUCGUGUUACACUUGAUGCUUUUACUUCCCCCAACUGUACAUAGAACGAUAGUUAUUCCGCCCCUAAACUUCCCGUGAAACUGUGAGCUUUCUGGCUGGAUCUCGGACGUUCUCAUCCCAAGUUCCUCCGACCGAGAAGCCCCGACCGCUGGGAGUGGUGGGGUCUUGAGCCCUCUGCCCCCAGCAGCGGGACCCCGGCAUCCCAAGAGCCCCUGCAGGGUGCGGGGCUCCCGCAGGAACCGCAGCAGCUUCUCCCGGCGAGCUGCGCUGGCCACGCGCUGCUGCUGAGCCCACUGCUAUCCUGGGCGUGGUCCUGCGUAGACACGCGGGCGCUGGCUGGUCUGUGCUUAGAAUUUCCCACCCAGAGGUCAGCCGUGGUCACUAGCAGCGGUUUUUUCUUCCUUUCUUUUUUUUUUUUUCCAUAGGUUGGGUCCAAAUUAGAGUAAAUCUUUGUUUUUACUUUCCAUAGUUUAGUAACAUGCAGAGUAAUAAUUAUAUAUUUUAAAAUGAGAAGUGUAUCAGUCCUAAGUCGCCUGCUUAUUACCAGAGGACAGAUUUCAAUAUGGUUUUUCAAAGCUUCUGUAGGCCUUAAAGAUGAAUUACAAACUACUCUUUUUUUAAAACCAUUUUCAGA